UUAUUAGUAGGUUGCACAGUGAAGUACAUAUUCCGUACAAUUGACCACUAAAUGUUCGAGACAAACACAACAUGUCUUCUAAUGGAGAACAUAGUUGCUGUUCGCUUCCUGUCUCAUCUUCCAGUGUCUCCCAGACAGUUGAUGAGAUGGAUUUCGAACGAGGUAUCUGGUCUGCUGCCAUGCAUGGAGACUUAAAAAGGGUGAGAUCAUUCAUCCAGAGAGGCAUCCCUCCCAACCUCAAAGACACAGCAGGAUACACAGCUCUUCACUAUGCGAGUCGCAGCGGACAUCUGACUGUGUGUGACUUUCUUCUGGAGAAUGGUGCUUGUGCGUCUCCUCAGACACCGGGCGGUGCCACGCCACUGCACCGCGCAGCCUUCUGUGGUCACCUGGAUGUCGCUAGAUUGCUUUUGCACCACAAAGCAGAUCCAAUGAUCUCUGAUGGUGAUGGUGCAUCUGCUCUACACAAGGCUGCAGAACAAGGUCAUGAAAAGGUGUGUCAACUGCUCCUUGAGGCUUGUCCAGAACUCUCCAGCCUGAAGAACAAGAGGCUCCAGCUAGCCUACCACAUAGCACCCCAAGAACAUUUGCAGAAGCUCCUAAAAGAACCCCUCCAACCGUAGCAUUUAGCCUGGCACAACCUGAGCUCAGUGUGACAGAUUAGCUGGUGAGGCUGUGCGGGGACUGCGUAAUGUAGACCUCGUUACCCCACGCCUUCAAUGUCAUGUAAUGUAGACCUCGUUACCCUCGUUACAAAAUGGAGGUAGCAAGCAGACUUAAUGCCUUUUUCACCAGCACAGCCGCAACUCUUGUCAACAAGCUGUCCCACCACUCUGGUCGCUUUGGUGUAGAACACAUUAAAGCCUUCUACAGAAAGCUAGGAGUAUCCAACAAUGAUUUCAAAUUAGAAAUGGUCACAGCUGAUGAGGUGUUUAAAAAAUUGAGCGCGCUCCACCCAAACAAGGCCACCGGACUUGACAAUAUCCCCUCCAGAUUCCUCAGGGACUCUGCCUCCAUCAUUGCCCCGAUCAUCACACACAUAAUAAACCUAUCAAUUACACAAGGCCAAGUACCAAAAGAUUUUAAGAUAGCAAGAGUAACUCCCCUCUUUAAAAAAGGAAGCAAAUUGGAACCUGGCAACUACCGACCUGUUUCUAUUCUCAGUUCCAUUUCCAAAGUAAUGGAGAAAAUAGUUUAUGAACAGGUCGAUAGUUACCUUGCCACU